AUGUCGAAAAUUCCACUGAAGAACCCACAGAUGCCCAACCCCGAGAACGAGGAGGUUUCGUCAGACCCUGCUGAGUUGGCAGAACAAGUCAAGUAUCUAAAGAAUCAGCUGUACAAGGUCACGCGCUCAAUCGCCCAUGUCAGAGAAUCAGGUUUGGAUGAGGGAGAGGUCCGUGGGGUGUAUCCUAAUUUGGUGAUGUCGGAUAUGUUCCAGGCUUGCUGGGAGAAGUUCUUCCGCUUUAUGGAUGUUGAGCCACGAUUUGUCGCCCCGAGUUCUGAGCAUUGCAAGGUCAAUGCCGAAGACAUGAUUGCCCUGUGUGAUGACAAGACCAUUGGAAUGGUCGCCAUUAUGGGCAAUCACUACACCGGGCACUACGAUCCCGUAUGGGACCUGGACGAGGCAUUGACCAAACUCAACAAGGAGAAGGGAUACCAAAUUGGCUUGCACGUGGACGCUGCCUCGGGUGGGUUCAUUGCCCCGUUCCAACCCGAAGUACCUGCUUGGGACUUUCGCCUGCCCAAUGUUCUGAGUAUCAGCGCCUCAGGUCAUAAGUUUGGGGCCAGUGUGUGUGGUACUGGGUGGGUGGUAUUCCGCGAGAGGACCGACUUGGCCGAGCAUGUGGCCGUGUCGGUGUCGUACUUGGGAGGAGAUGCGGAUAGUUAUACACUCAACUUCUCACGCCUAGACCCCGCACAUGUUCAUGUCUGCAUGAUGUAUGAUGUCUGCAUGACUGCAUGUCUACAUCAGUGGUUUCUGCGUUCUCACACACAUUGCUAUUCCUUUGCGGGUACAGGAAAGAAACGCUUUGUGAUCAUGGACGAUGGUGAUACCGCUUGUUUGCCCGUGGUGUCCGCAAGACUCAACCCAGACCUGCGCCUGCCGUUCACGGAUAUUGAUUUCCAACACCAGCUAUCCGAGCAGCACUGGUACGUUUCGGGCUACUCCCUUCGCUUUGAGCACCCGAUCUCCAAGAUGUUACUGCCGCUGUUCAACGACACCCCCAAGUCAGCCACCAUGUUCCGUGUGGUGGUCAAGAGUAACCUGACCCGUGAACUAGCCGAAGAUCUGGUCAAGCAAGUCGAAGCCACGCUCAAGGAGAUGGACUCCCAGGGCACGGGCUUUAAGAUGAAGCACAAGGCAGCAAAACUAGCCCACCGGCCCUCUGUGUGCUAA